AAACAUUGUUGGGCCAUUAGGGUCCAAUUACAAAGCCCUAAAACCAUCCAAGUAUUAACCAUUGAGGUUGUUGGCAGAGAGAGAGAGAGAGAGAGAGAGAGAGAAUGGCAACGACCGAAGCAGUGGCGGAAGCGGUUACGGUGGCGCCGGGGUCAGUGCCGGAGACAGGUUUGAAGCACAAACUGGAGAGGAAAUGGACGUUCUGGUUCGACAACCAAUCCAAACCCAAACAAGGUGCUGCUUGGGGAACCUCACUUCGCAAGGUUUACACCUUCGAAACCGUCGAAGAGUUCUGGUGUCUGUAUGAUCAGAUAUUCAAGCCCAGCAAGUUGCAAAACAAUGCGGACUUCCACUUGUUUAAAGCUGGAAUUGAACCGAAAUGGGAAGAUCCUGAGUGUGCCAGUGGUGGAAAGUGGACUGUCACUAACAACAGCAGCAGGAAGGCUAACCUUGAUAACAUGUGGCUUGAAACUCUGAUGGCUUUGAUUGGGGAACAAUUUGAGGAUGCCGAGGACAUAUGUGGUGUGGUUGCAAGUGUGCGCCAGUGGCAGGACAAACUUUCAUUGUGGACAAAGACAGCAGCAAAUGAGGCUGCCCAGAUGAGCAUCGGAAGGAAGUGGAAGGAAAUCAUUGAUGUUAACGACAAGAUAACAUAUAACUUCCAUGAUGAUUCUAGAACUAAAGGAGCAACAAAGGGUCGAUACACAGUAUAAACACUGCUGGAGCAUCGUCUUGCACCUGUGCUGGAAAGGCUGUAGUAUUGAUAUUGAUAUCUUUAUCAUGUGCCAUGUGUACUAGACCAUACUACUCUCUUGGUUGAGGGGUUAGUUUUGUUUUGUUCACCCACCCCACUUUUGGGGUGUUAAAACUAUCACAAAUUUUUGAAAUGGUCUGUCAAAUUUUUCAUUAGAGUUCAUUUGCAGUUUUUCAUGUCACAUUCAGAAAGCUUUAAAUUUUGAAUAUGUCGACUCCAGUUU